AGACCCCUCCUCAAGAAGCCUUCCCUGGACCCAGCUGUUUUAGGAAAUUAUCGUCCGGUCUCCAACCUUCGCUUCACAGUGAAGGUUGUAGAGAGUGCGGUGGCACGUCAAUUACCCCAGUACCUGGAUGAAACUGUCUAUCUAGACCCGUUCCAGUCCGGCUUUCGACCUGGAUACAGUAUGGAGACAGCUUUGGUCGCGUUGGUUGAUGAUCUCUGGAGGGCCAGGGACAAGGGUUACUUCUCUGCCCUGGUCCUAUUAGACCUCUCAGUGGCUUUCGAUACCAUCGACCAUGGUAUCCUGCUGAGCCGGCUGGGGAGUUUGGGAGUGGGAGGCACUGUUUAUCGGUGGUUCUCCUCUUAUCUGUCUGACCGGAUGCAAACGAUGUUGGCAGGGAGGCAGAGAUUGACCCCGAGGCGCCUCAUGUGUGGGGUGCCGCAGGGGUCGAUUCUCUCGCCUCUCCUGUUCAACAUCUAUAUGAAGCCACUGGGUGAGAUCAUCAAUGGUUUUGGGGUGAGGUACCAACUGUACGCUGAUGAUACGCAGAACUUGGGCGUUCUCCUGGAUGGGCGGUUGUCUUUUGAAGAUCACUUGACGACCGUCUCCAGGAAAGCUUUUUAUCAUGUCCGCCUGAUUCGCCAGUUGCGCCCCUUCCUGGACCGGGAUGCCCUAUGCACGGUCACUCAUGCUCUUGUUACCUCUCGCUUGGACUACUGCAAUGCUCUCUACAUGGAUCUCCCCUUAGAGAGCACCCGGAGGCUCCAGUUAGUCCAAAAUGCAGCUGCAUGUGUGAUAGAGGGAGUGGGUUGGAGCUCCCAUGUAACACCUAUCCUGCGCAGACUGCACUGGCUGCCUGUUGUCUUCCGGGUGCGCUUCAAGGUAUUGGUUACCACCUUUAAAAUGCUCCAUGGCUUAGGACCGGGAUACUUACGGGACCGUCUACUGCCAUCUUGUACCUCCCAGCGACUUGUGCGUUCUCACAGAGAGGGACUCCUUAGGGUGCCGUCAGCCAAGCAAUGUCGACUGGCGGCUCCCAGGGGAAGGGCCUUCUCUGUGGGGGCUCCUACCCUGUGGAACGAACUUCCCCCUGGACUU